UUGAUUUGUUUACAAACAAACAGAUUGUCCUGGCCGUCGCGCGUGCUGCGUUUCGUAAUUUUGCUGCCCCAAGGAAAAAUGUUCAAAUACAGCAUUUCCCGCGUAUAUAGUACGGCCGCAAAGCGUGCAAACAUAAAACUAUCAAAAGCAGAUGUUAUCAAACGGUUAAACUACGAAAAUAAGGCACUGUUCGGUGCGGUAGUGAAGCCGGCUAAAAAGAAAAAGAAAUCCACACCAACCGAUGUGGAGUCAACAAAUGUGCCGGCUGCUGAAAGUGAACUCUCGUCCGAGAUAUACUGGCAAACGCGUAAUGUUUCGCGUGCCUCCAAUUCCACCUCCGAUUCCUCCACCAACGAGCUGGUGGAAAAUGUUCGCACGGAACAUUCAGUGAUUCCAUUCACAGAGAAAGAAUUGCACCACAUCACCAAGUUCCCGAUCGUUCCCAACGCAAAGGGGAUCAUUGAAAAAGGUUGGAUGCUACACGAACAACACGAAAGCGAUCAGUACAAAUCGCCAUCGGUUAACCGGAUACUAUCGGCAACCAUGCCGGACGCAUCAAGGCAAGCGCUGCUACGCUGGAAGGCGGGUAAAAUCGCCGAGCUAGGAGAGGAAGGUUUUGCACAGCUGCAAAAGGACAUAUUUGCCCGCGGAAGUACAUUGCACGCUACACUGGAAACGUGGCUAUCGGGCGUCGAUCCUUCCGAGGAAAUGGUUCAAAAGACCGGCACACUGUGGAAAAGCAUCCAUGGUGCGCUAAAGAAUGUGGAACGACCGGCAAAGCUGAUUGAACAAAAGCUGUACCAUCCCUACCUACACUACAACGGUGUCGUAGACUGCAUUACCUCGAUUAAGGGCCAAUAUCAUGUCAUUGAAUGGAAAUCAUCGGACAAUCCUAAGGCAAGCGUCGAAGCCACCUACGAUGCACCGAUACAGCUGUGUGCGUACAUGGGUGCGCUGCAAGCAAAUGGCGAACUGUGCGAUGCGCGCGUACAACGGGGUGCAAUAUUUGUAGCGUACACUAGCGGAAAACCGGCCAACGUGCACAUGCUUACGGUCGGUGAGAUGCGUCGUUAUUGGCAGCUUUGGUUGCAACGCUUGCAAGAGUACUGGACGCGCUACCGAGACGGCACAUUGCCCGAACCAAUCUAAGGGAGUGUAUGAUAGUAUUUUAAGUAAACAGUAGACAGUGCCUCAAAUAUAGAAUCUUGAACAAACAAUCGA